GCGCACAGUGCGGGGCGCGGAGCGAGUUCCGUGGCGCGCUGCUUUCCGGCACCUUGAGGAGACAGCCAGCCUUUGCGAAGGCUCCGCGCGGGAGGUGGCUGAGCGUCUAGAGAUGCCUGGCGGCGGUACCUCGUGUACCCGGAAGAGAAAAAGAAAUUGGGAUAUAGAAUACCCAUCCUUACCUGGAGGGAGUCCACUGAAGUUCAGAAGAGCAGGUCUCAGGACAGUGGGGGCAACUGCCUCUCUCUCUGAAGCAUGGCUCAGGUGUGGAGAAGGAUUUCAGGACACUUCUGGGACCCUGUUGUUAACGGCUGAAAAGAAGAUUGUUACAGAGAAGCACCUUGAAUUAUCCCUGAGACCCAAGGAAGAAACUGCUGCAUCUAAGAGUACCAGUGGACUUACAGAUAUAACAUGGAGUUCCAGUGGAAGUGAUGUGUCAGAUGAGGAUAAAACACUUUUUAAAUCACAAAGAGAUAAUGGACAUAGUUCUAGGAUAGACAGAUUUUCUAAUAGGAACAAGAAUAUUUUAUGUACAGAAGAUGGGGCCAGUGAAGAUGAACUACAGUUUAUUGACUGGGAGAUUGACAGUGACAGGGAAGAUACUAGUGAGUAUAAUGAAUUUGAAGACUGUGAGAGUGUUGUGGAAAUAUCAGACUGUGCUUCUUGUUCAAGCAAUCAUUCUUCGACUAGUGAAGAGGGGUUCUCUGAGCUCUUGAAGAGAAGUUCUACAGAAAUUUUGGAAUAUUCAUCAGAUAGUGAAAAGGAAGAUGACUCAGAGAAUGCCUUGUUCAUUGAUUCAGAAUCCUCUCCCAAAAACCACAUGGAUUUUGGAACUGAUGUUAGAGAGGUGAUGGAGAGAUCAAUAAGGCGGAAGGUGAAAUCUGCAGAGACCAUUUUGUACAUGCCCCAGAAGCAGACAUUUCCCAGGACUCCAGGACCAUCAGCAAAGAUGAAGCUUCUAAGAGGCGGGCUAGCAGAAAGACUAAAUGGACUGCAAAAUCGAGAGAGAUCUGCCAUUUCUUUAUGGAGACAUCAAUGUGUUUCUUACCAAAAGACACUUUCAGGUAGAAAGUCUGGCAUAUUAGUUGUGAAAAUUCUAGAGCUGCAUGAGGAAUGCACCAUCCAAGUUGCUAUGUGUGAGCAGUUAGCAGGGAUGCAAGCCGACAGCUCUUCUCUAGGUCAGGCCCCCAGGACUGGACUGAAGGUGCUGUUCACCAAGGAGACUGCUUGCCAUCUCAGGGGACAUCCCCAAGACAUCAUCCAUAUUUACCCUCCCUGGCAAAAGCUUGUUAUCCCAAAUGGAAGUUGCCCUGUUAUUCUGAAUACUUACUUUUGUCAGAAAAUUGUCACCAAAGAAGAUUCAAAAAUAAUACGUGAAGUGCACUGUUGGGACACACCCCUUCCAAGAAGAAGUAUCACUUUGGCCCAGAUGUUUAUAUUUAAGAAUCUAACAAUUAAAUCUCCUGAAGGCCAGGUUAUGUGUAGUGAUCUCACUACCAUGAGGACAGAAUGCACCCGUGGACAUGAGGAAACCAAGCAAUGCUUCCCAGCUCAAGCUCCCCUGAGGGACUCUCUUCUGGAUGCAGUAGAAAGCCAGGGAGCUGCCCCAUGGUCAGGAGUCAAGGUCCGAGUGGUGGUACAAAGAGUUUACUCUCUUCCCUGCAGGUAUCAGCAGGGAGGUGGCUCAGCUGUUCCACCGGGCCCAGACCCAUCCAGAGCUCGAGUCUGCCUUCUCGUGCAAGAUGCCUAUGGAAUGUUCAGUGAAGUAUACUCUGAGGGCGCCAUCUUGAAAGACCAACAGUUGGAAGGGAAAUCCUGCAGCCUGAUGGGAAUGAAGGUUCUACAGAAGGCCACCAGAGGAAGGACAGCAGGGCUUUUCAGCUUGAUUGACACCAUGUGGCCUCCAGCCAUGCCUCUGAAAGCACCUGGCCAUGGCCAAGCCCAUGAAGAGGUAGAAACUCGUGUGCCUCCUCCUAGCUUCUGUUACAUCCUCUCUGCUCAUCCAAGUGUGGGACAGAUUGAUGUCAUAGAAGAAGACCGCAUUUCUAAGCUUUACCAACCUCCAGUUACCCGCUUCUUAAGAGAAAUUCUUCAGACCGAUGACCACAGUACACGUUGCAGUUUCUAUGCCAGAGUGAUUUAUCAAAGAUCACAGCAAAGGGAGAUUUGGCUGAUGGUGACUGAUGUCACCCUGCAGAUGCAGGAUGAGAAUAACUCUGGCCUCCCCAAAACUGUACCAGUCUGUGUGGCCCCCUCAUGUGUGCUGAGCCAGGAAGUCGUGGAAGCGCUCGCCGAGGCUACCCCUCACAGCUUCCUCUUCAGGGACACUCUCCGAGCCCAGGGUCAGAUUGUUUGUGUUGAACGAAGUGUCCUUUUGCUUCAAAAGCCCCUUUUGGGUAUGGCCUCCAGUGCUCCCUCCUGUGAACUGACCAGCCCUGUGAAGCUCAAUGAACUGGAUUCUGUCACUCAGGUCAACUCCAUUUGCAGCGUUCAAGGCACUGUGGUUGGUGUGGAUGAGAGCACGGCUUUCUCAUGGCCCACCUGUGACCUGUGUGGCAACGAGAGACUGGAGCAGAGCCCGGGAGACAGAGGCGCCUUUUCCUGUGGGGACUGCUCCCGCGUGGUCAUCUCUCCUCUUCUCAGAAGGCACUUGCAGGUGUUCCUGGACUGCCCGUCUCGCCCCCAGUGCACAGUGAGGGUCAAGCUGUCCCAGGCCAGUAUUUCUUCGCUCCUGAGGUUCGCCGCCCGCGAAGAUGGGAGUUAUGAAGUGAAGAGUGUCCUCGGAAAGGAGGUGGGGCUGUUGAAUUGUUUCGUCCGGUCCGUAACCACCCACCCGGCUAGCUGCGUUGGAUUGGAGGAAAUUGAGCUCCUGACUGCAGGAAGAGCCUCUUCCCGACACUGCCCGUAGCCGCAGGAGCUGUGAACUUUGUGAUGCAGCGGAGGUGGUGGUGGUUGGGGUAGUUAUUUGUUAACUACGGGCAGAGUGAGUGUACUGUAUGAUCUUGAAAUGGAACUUAGAUUUUUCUAGGGCAAAUGUUAGCAAGAUAAUUUUGUAAACUAUACCUCAAAAUGCUUUUUUCUACAGUUAUAUUUUACGACCUUUGUGCAAAUUCAGGAACAUGUUAUAUUAAAACUUAACUAAGCUUGAGGCCUUCAUUUUGUACUUCAUCUUAGGCAGUAUUAAAACAGCAAGAAAAAAAUUCUGCUCACUUGUAAUUUUUAAGUGUUUAAAACUGUUACUCCUAAAGUAUAGAUAAGUUACCUGCUGUGAUUCUCGCUAUACCGAUAGGCCUGUUUAAUCAUGCUGGGUACUGUGCACAGAGAGCGGAGAUUACAGACUCAAGAGGAGUGAUUGGUUAUUGUUGGCUUUGUUGGCAGAGAUUUAAAUUAACACGAAAUGAUGAAUAAAUUGUCUUUAGGCAAUAAA